GGUCUGAGCCUUGAGUUCCUUAAACAGAACACGCCCGGGGCCCUCCAGUUCCGACUGGCAUCCACAGACCUUGAAAACUGGAUGGACGUUAGCUUGGUGCCCGCCUUUGACGCUCUGGGUCAGCUCAGCUCCAGUGUCAAACCCAAGCCCCAGGUCUACGCCACCCUCCUCGAAAGUGGCUGCCAGAAGGGCGAGCACGCGGCCUGCUUCGCCGAGCUGCGGAGAAACUUCGUGAACACCCGGCCGGCCAAGCUGAAGAACCUGAUCCUGCUGGUGAAGCACUGGUACCGCCAGGUGUGCCCAAAGGCGGGGCGGAACCAGAUGCCCCCUGCCUACGCCCUGGAGCUGCUGACCAUCUUCGCCUGGGAGCAGGGCUGUGGGAAGGAGGCCUUCAGCCUGGCCCAAGGCCUCCGCACCGUCCUGGGCCUGAUCCAGCAGUACCAGCACCUGUGUGUUUUCUGGACCACCAACUACAGCUGCGAGGACCCUGCAGUGAAGAAGUUCUUGCAGCGCCAGCUUGAGGGACCCAGGCCCGUGAUCCUGGACCCGGCUGACCCCACGUGGGACGUGGGGGACGGGGCAGCCUGGCGCUGGGACCUGCUGGCCCAAGAGGCAGAGUCCUGCUACGACCGCCCGUGUUUCCUGCAGGCGGCAGGGGGCGCUGUGCAGCCCUGGGAGGGGCCCGACCUUCCACGCACUGGGCGCUCCGGUGUGGACCACCCCAUCCUGCGAGACCCUGCCCAGAGGACCCCCACGGACGGCAGCAGUGUUGAUGCUGGAUGCUCCAGGGCAGGGGACAGGCGGCCCUUAUGCCCAGCUCCCGGCCCCUCGGUGGACGGCAUCGCCCCCUGUACACCGGAGGGGGUCCCGGGUCUGUCUCAGGUCCCCGCCAAGGAGCUGGACCGCUUCAUCCAGGACCACCUCAAGCCGAGCCCCCAGUUCCAGAAGCAGGUGAGCAAGGCCGUCGAUGGCAUCCUGAGCUGCCUCCGGGAGAACUGUGUCCACAAGGCCUCGAGAGUCGGCAAGGGGGGCGCAUUCGGCCGGGGCACAGACCUCAGGGGUGGCUGUGAUGCCGAACUCGUCAUCUUCCUCAACUGCUUCGAGGACUACAAGGACCAGGGGCCCCGGCGGGCGGAGAUCCUCGCUGAUAUGCGGGACCAGCUGGAAUCCUGGUGGCGGGAUCCGGUCCCCGGCCUGACCCUGAACUUUCCAGAGCAGACCAUGACCGAGGCAUUGCGGUUCCAGCUGGUGUCCCCGGCCCUAGCAAGCUGGACGGACGUGAGCCUGCUGCCGGUCUUUGAUGCCGUGGGGCAGCUCAGUGCCGGCACCAAACCGGACCCCCAGAUCUACCGGACUCUCCUGGACAGCGGCUGCCAGGACGGGGAGCACAGGGCCUGCUUCGCCGAGCUGCGGAGGAACUUCGUGAACUCCCGCCCAGCCAAGCUGAAGAACCUGAUCCUGCUGGUGAAGCACUGGUACCGCCAGGUUGCUGCCAGGAACAAAGGAGAGCAGCCAGCCCGUGCCUCCCUGCCCCCAGCCUACGCCCUGGAGCUGCUGACCAUCUUCGCCUGGGAGCAGGGCUGCGGGAAGGACCGCUUCAACACGGCCGAAGGCCUGAGGACCGUCCUGGGGCUUGUCCAGCAGCACCAGCAGCUCUGUGUCUUCUGGACGGUCAACUACAGCUCUGAGGACCCAGCUCUCAGAACGCACCUCCUCGGCCAGCUUCGGAAACCCAGACCCCUGAUCCUGGACCCGGCCGACCCCACCUGGAACGUGGGCCUGGGCAGCUGGGAGCUGUUGGCCCAGGAAGCGGCCGCCCUGGAGACGCAGGCCUGCUUCAUGAGCGCAGACGGGACACCCGUGCAGCCCUGGGAUGUGAUGCCCACGCUCCUGUACCAGACCCCAGCCAGGGACCUCGACAAGUUCAUCAGUGACUUCCUCCAGCCCAACCGCCAGUUCCUGGCUCAGGUGAACAAGGCGGUUGACACCAUCUGCUCCUUCCUGAGGGAAAACUGCUUCCAGAACUCUCCCAUCAAAGUGCUCAAGGUGGUCAAGCGCGGCUCUUCCGCGAAGGGAACAGCGCUGCGAGGCCGCUCCGAUGCCGACCUGGUGGUGUUCCUCAGCUGCUUCCGCCAGUUCGCCGAGCAAGGGAGCACGCGGGCCGAGGUCAUCUCAGAGAUCCGAGCCCAGCUGGAGGCGUGUAAGCGGGCGCGGCAGUUCGAGGUGAAGUUCGACAUCCCCAAGUGGGAGAAUCCCCGCGUGCUGAGCUUCUCGCUGACGUCCCAGACGAUGCUGGACCAGAGCGUGGACUGCGAUGUGCUGCCGGCCUUUGAUGCCCUCGGCCAGCUGGCCCCUGGCUCCAGGCCCCCGCCUCAAGUCUACGUGGACCUCAUCUGCAGCUACAACACCCCGGGCGAGUACUCCUCCUGCUUCACAGAGCUGCAGCGGGACUUCGUCAUCGCUCGCCCCACCAAGCUCAAGAGUCUGAUCCGACUGGUGAAGCACUGGUACCGGCAGUGCAAGAAGAUGCCCAAGGGGAAGGGCUCUCUGCCCCCCCAGCACGGGCUGGAACUCCUGACGGUGUAUGCCUGGGAGCAGGGGGGGCAGGACCCCCAGUUCAGCAUGGCCGAGGGCUUUCGCACUGUCCUGGAGCUGGUCACCCAGUACCGCCAGCUCUGCGUCUACUGGACCGUCAACUACAGCCGUGAGGACCAGACCGUCAGAGAUUUCCUGGAGCAGCAGCUUCGCAAGCCCAGGCCCAUCAUCCUGGAUCCGGCAGACCCGACAGGCAACCUGGGCCCCAAUGCCCGCUGGGACCUGCUGGCCAAGGAAGCUCAGGCCUGCAUAUCUUCCCUGUGCUGCAUCGGCAGAGAUGGCACCCCCAUCCAGCCGUGGCCAGUGAGGCCCACUCUGCUCACCCAGCCCAUUGAAUCCCCCCCUUGUAUCCAACGGGCACUGCACUCAAACACUGCCCUGCCUCCCGCGGCCUACACGCUGGAGUCCAGCCUGCUUUCGGUUUCCUGGCUCUUCCCAGCUUCCAAGCUCUCAGCCCAGAGAUCCUCUUCCUCCUCUGCCUCCUGCUCUGCCGUGAGCUGUCGCCCUGGCAGGCAGCCGGCAGCAGCAAUGGGCAACUGGCUAUCCAGCAGCUGCCCAGAAACGGUGUACUUGGUACCGGCUCAGAAACUGGAUGAGUAUAUCCAGACCUCACUGAGGCCGACUGAAGACUGUCAGAGACAGAUCGAUGAGGCUGUGGACACCAUCUGUGCCGCCCUGCAGGAAGCCACGGAGCCUCCCAUGGUGAUAGAUGUCGCCAAAGGUGGCUCCUAUGGCCGGAAAACGGUCUUAAAGGGCAACUCCGAUGGUACCCUUGUCAUCUUCAUCAGUGACCUUGAAAAAUUCCAGGACCAGAAGGAAAACCAACAUGAAAUCCUCGACAAAAUCUGGGAGCGGCUGAGAGCUUGUCAGCUCGAAAGGAAGCUGACAGUCAAGAUGGAGAUGCAGAGGUCCUAUGUUGACCUCACCAUCCGGCUGUCCACACAAUGGCAGAGCGUCACUUUUGACGUGCUGCCCGCCUUCGAUGCUCUGGACUUGAGCGGCAAGCCCAGCCCCUCGACCUAUCGAGACCUCAAAAGAGCCUUGGACCAGGCAAAAGCCAGCCCCGGUGGAUUCUCCGUCUGCUUCACAAAACUCCAGCAGAAUUUUUUUAACAACCAUCCCAGGAAGCUGAAGGAUUUGACCCUCUUGGUAAAGGCCUGGCAUCAACAGUGCCAGAAAUGGUGGGAGCAUCGAUCCCUGCCACCCUCGUAUGCUCUAGAGCUGCUCACCGUCUAUGCCUGGGAAGAGGGGUGUAGAGAGGAAGACUUUGACAUAGUUCAAGGCCUCAGAACUGUCCUAGAGCUCAUCGAGAAGCAGGAGCAGCUGUGUGUCUAUUGGACAGUCAACUACAACUUUGAGGAUGAGACCGUCCGGAACGUCAUGCUGAACCAGAUCCGAUCAUCAAGGCCAGUCAUCUUGGAUCCAACUGACCCCACCAAUAUGGUGAGCAAAGAUGAGACGUGCUGGCGACUGCUAAAAAUAGAAGCUCAAAACUGGUUAUUUUCUCUCAGCCUGAGAGAGUCACCUGGACCAUCUUGGAAUGUUCUGGCAGCAUCACUCCAUGAGACCCCAGGCCACCUUCUGGAUAAAUUCAUCAAGGACUUUCUCCAGCCCACGAAAACUGUCAACAUUCAGAUCAAGACAGCUGUUGGCAUCAUCUCGAAGUUCCUUAAAGAAAUCUGCUUUCGGCAUUCCGCUACGAAGGUCCAGAAGCCCAUCAAGGCAGGGUCCUCCGGCAAAGGCACCGCCCUCAGGACCGGCUCUGACGCCGACCUCGUCGUGUUCGUCGACUCGCUGACGAGCUUCCCCUCCCAGAAAGCCGAGCGCUACAACGUCAUCAAGGAAAUCAAACACCAGCUAGAAGCCUACCAGCGGCAAGUGACCGAUCAGGAGGUGGAAGUGACGUUUGAGAUUUCAAAAUGGGAGGCUCCCAGGGUGCUGAGCUUCUCUCUGAAAUCCAGAAAUCUCAACGGGAGUGUUGACUUCGAUGUGCUGCCGGCAUUUAAUGCGCUGGAGAAGCUGGGACCUCUCUGCAGAGUCUACACCAAGCUCAUCGCUCAGUACGAGCAGCACGCAGACACCCCGGGGGGCGAGUUUUCUGCCUGCUUCACAGAGCUGCAGCGAGACUUCGUCAGCUCCCGGCCCACCAAGCUGAAGGACUUACUUCGCCUGGUGAAGCACUGGUACAAGCAGUGUGAAAGGAGACUGAAGAAAAAGGGGUCGCUGCCCCCCAAGUACGCCUUGGAGCUGCUCACCAUCUACGCCUGGGAGCAGGGCAGCGGGGCCACAAGUUUUGACACCGCCCAAGGUUUCCGCACGGUCCUGGAGCUGGUCACCCGCUAUCAGCAGCUCUGUGUCUUCUGGACGGUCAACUACAACUUCGAGAAUGAGACUGUGAGGAACUUCCUGCUGAAGCAGCUCCAGAGACCCAGGCCGGUCAUCCUGGACCCGGCCGAUCCCACCGGCGACGUGGGCGGAGGGAACCGCUGGUGCUGGCAUCGUCUGGCGAACGAAGCUGCCGAAUGGCUGUCCUCCUCCCUCUGCUUCAAGGAUGGAACUGGAGGUCCCGUCCCGUCGUGGAAAGUGCCGACGGUGCAGACACCGGGAAGCUGUGGGGCUGGUGUCGGUCCUGUCAUCAACGAGAUGUUCUCGUACAGAAGUCGUGGAAUCCUAGACUGAAAAUGCUCAGAGAAACUUCUCGAGGUCACCUGACAAGUGCUUUUGAAGAAUCAGUUUACUGUGUAAAUGCGUAU